AUGACUACGGCAAUCGCCUUUCCGUCGCUUCAGCGACUAGAUCCUAAUACGCCACACACAUUUAUUCGACCUGUCAAAAAGAUCAACGAUCACCAGGAUGUCCAAACAUUUCUAUCUUCUCUCGCCUACAGAGAUAUUAUGAUCUUUAUCUUACAAUUGAACCGCUGUAUGCUCCCCUCUAAAACGCUGGAUGAAGAAGGGAAUACCGCGGAGGUGGAAGUGUGGACACUAGAUUCAGACUCUAUCGACUUCUCAGAGCCUGUUCGUCGUCUGCAAUUGCUGUUAUCAAAACUAGAGUCUCUCAUUGACGAAGUGGCGCCAGAUACGGGGCCUCGGCGAUUUGGGAACAUCAGUUUUCGAAAAUGGUGUGAAGAAAUGGAGUCACGUACUGCUACUAUUAUGGACGAAUGUUUACCUCCAGAAAUCCUUCAGCAGAAAUCUGAGGACGGGGAAACGGUAACGGCCAAGGAGGAGUUGAUGGCAUACCUAACUGGUAGUUUUGGAAGUUCACAAAGGCUAGACUAUGGAACAGGUCAUGAACUGAGCUUUUUGGCCUUUCUUGCGUGUCUUUGGAAGCUCAACGGGUUUGCUCGAGCGGAUCCCGGCGAAGAAGAAAGAGGUAUUGUUGUGGGAGUUAUCGAACCAUAUCUUAGGCUAGUUCGCCGCUUAAUCCUAACAUACACACUGGAACCAGCCGGUUCACACGGAGUCUGGGGACUAGACGACCAUUCCUUCAUCUCAUAUGUUUUAGGCUCAGCUCAACUGUCUCCAGCUAUUGCGCCUACUGAACCCACUCCAACUGAAGGUUCUCUUCCAAACGCUCCUGCAACAGCUGACGUAGCCAAAUUAAACAUAGUCGAGAAAGAGCGGAAAUCAAACAUGUACUUUUCAGCUAUUGGCUUCAUCCAUGAUGUCAAGAAAGGCCCAUUUUGGGAGCACAGCCCGAUGUUAUAUGAUAUUUCUGGUAUCAAGGACGGCUGGGGAAAGAUCAAUAAGGUGAUGAUUGCCCUUCCGGCCCACAGGCUCGAGCUCAUGUGUCCGCGCAACCGCCUCCGCCUUCCUACCCAGAUGCGGGGACACGAGCUCCCUGGGCCGCCAAACCUAGUGGUUCUGGGAUGGGGGAUCCGCGUGGAGGUAGUUUCCCGUCUCAGGCUGCCUCUGCGGCACCUCUGGCUCACCAAAUUCCAAGCACAAGAGCCCCAUGGGCCAUCCAAGAUUCCAAACCACGAAACCCGCCACCUCGGGAGCCAUUUCCGGCUCCGUCUAAUGCAUCAGACAGUAAACUCGAGGCUCAAGUACUGUGAGGCGCUUUCGGUGAAGCCAGGUAUAGGAUGGAUGUUCAGGGACCAGGAUGCACAAAAUUGA